AUGCCACCCAAAAAGACUAAACCGUCCACUGCUGCGGCCAGAGAGCCCUCCGAGAAGUCGCUGGAUGACAGUAAUGCGGCCCCGACGGCCCCAGAAGUCCAAGCAGAUGGGAAUGCACCUACACAGGAAGCUUCUAAUGAGGCACUUGAUAAUCGAAGUUUAGAGGAGAUUUUGAGUAGCAUCCCUCCUCCCCCACCUCCAGCAAUGACCAAUGAAGCUGGAGCUCCUCGUCUCAUGAUAACCCAUAUUGUAAACCAGAACUUCAAAUCGUAUGCUGGUGAGCAAAUCCUGGGGCCUUUUCAUAAGCGUUUCUCAUGUAUUAUUGGGCCCAAUGGCAGUGGAAAGUCUAACGUUAUUGAUUCUAUGCUCUUUGUUUUUGGAUAUCGAGCACAAAAAAUAAGAUCCAAAAAGCUGUCUGUGCUGAUCCACAACUCAGAUGAACAUAAAGAUGUUCAAAGUUGUACAGUGGAAGUUCAUUUUCAGAAAAUCAUAGAUAAGGAAGGCGAUGAUUUUGAAGUGAUUCCUAACAGCAACUUUUAUGUGGCCAGAACUGCUUACAAAGACAAUUCCUCUGUGUAUCACAUUAGUGGUAAAAAGAGUUCAUUUAAGGAUGUGGGUGUUUUGCUCAGAAGUCAUGGGAUCGAUUUGGAUCAUAACAGGUUUCUUAUUCUACAGGGUGAAGUGGAACAGAUUGCAAUGAUGAAACCAAAAGGACAAACUGAACACGAUGAAGGAAUGCUGGAAUAUUUAGAGGAUAUUAUUGGGUCAGAAAGGUUAAAACAACCAAUUGAAAUUCUGUGUCAAAGAGUUGAAGCAUUAAAUCAGCAGAGAGGGGAAAAGUUGAACAGAGUUAAACUUGUGGAGAAAGAGAAAGAUGCAUUAGAAGGUGAAAAAAAUACGGCAGUUGCAUUUCUUAAUAUGGAGAACGAAAGUUUUAAGAUGAAGAACCAAGUCUGCCAGUAUUACAUACACGAAAUGCAGAAACGUAUUCAGGAGGAAGAGCAAAAGAAAGAGACGGUUCAAGAAGAAACGAAGGAGAUCAGCGAGAAAAGCAAUGUCCUUGCUGAUGAAAUGAAGGCAAAGAGCAAAGCUAUAAAAGAUGUGGAGAAGGAGAUGAAUAAAAUAAACAAAUUUGUUGAGGAAAGCAGAGAGAAAUUUACACAGUUGGACUUGCAAGAUGUGGAUUUACGCGAGAAGCUCAAACAUGCAAAGAGCAAAGUAAAAAAGCUUCAGAAGCAACUUCAAAAGGACAAAGAAAAGGUUGAAGAAUUUAAGAGUGUUCCUGCUAAUAGUCAAAAAAUUAUUGAAGAGGCUACCGGUAAAAAAGGAACCCUUGAGAAACAGAAAGAAAAGGAAGAAGAUAAACUUAAAGAAGUUAUGGACAACCUUAAAGAAGAAACUCAAGGCUUACAGGAGGAAAAGGAGGGAAAAGAGAGAGAACUGAUGGAAUUUAACAAGAAUGUGAAUGAAACCCGCUCAAAGAUGGAUGUGGCCCAGUCUGAGCUGGACAUUUAUUUGAGUCGCCAUAAUACAGCUUUGUCUCAGUUUAACAAAGCAAAGGAAGCGCUGAACACUGCAUCAGCAACAUUGAAAGAACGAAAAACUGCCAUCAAAGAACUGGAGACCAAACUUCCAAAAGCAACGGAAGACCUUAAAAAGAAAGAGAGUGAGCUGGAAGUGCUUACACAAGAAGAAAUCGCUGUGAAGAAUGAGGUCAGGGUGAUCAGAAAUAAGGUGGAGGAGUCCAGAAGUUCAUUGUCUGCAAAUCGCAGCAAAGGAAAAGUUCUUGAUGCGCUAAUUCAACAGAAGAAACAGGGAAAAAUUCCUGGGAUUUACGGCAGAUUGGGUGACCUUGGAGCUAUUGAUGAAAAAUACGACGUUGCCAUUUCCUCAUCUUGUGGAGCUUUGGAUCAUAUUUUGGUGGAUACUAUUGACACAGCACAAGAGUGUGUCAACUUCUUGAAGAAGCAGAAUGUUGGAGUUGCAACGUUUAUUGGCUUAGAUAAGAUGAAUGUGUGGCAGAAAGGAAUGAAUAAGAUCCAAACCCCGGAAAACAUCCCUCGCUUGUUUGAUAUGGUGAAGGUUAAGGAUGAGCACAUAAGACCCGCAUUCUACUUUGCCCUGAGAGAUACACUUGUUGCAGAUAAUUUAGAUCAAGCAACCAGAGUUGCCUUUCAGAAAGACAAAAGAUGGAGGGUGGUGACUCUGCAAGGACAAAUUAUAGAGCAGUCAGGUACAAUGACUGGUGGCGGAGGGAAGGUGAUGAAAGGCAGGAUGGGAAACUCUGUUGUAGUGGAAGUUUCAGAAGAAGAGUUACAAAAGAUGGAGUCCAAACUCAAGUCUGACUCUGAGAAAGCUGCUGUUAUUCAAGACAGUAAAGUUCAGCUUGAAGAAGAAGUAGCUAAGCUGCGACAGAGCACUCGAGAGAUGAAAAAUACAUUUGAAAAAUUCACAGCAAAUCUUCAGAGUCUUUCUGAGCAAGAAAUACAUCUGAAAGCACAAGUGAAGGAGUUGGAAGUUAAUGUAGCUGCUACCGCGCCUGACAAGAAUCAACAAAAACAGAUGGAAAAAAAUUUUGAAAUGUUUAAGAAAGAAUUUGAGAAGGCUGCAGAAAAAGCUGGAAAAAUUGAAGCAGAAGUGAAAAGGCUUCAUAAUCUCAUAGUUGACAUUAACAAUCACAAGUUGAAAGCCCAGCAAGACAAGCUUGAUAAGAUCAACAAGGAGAUUGAUGAAUGCGCAUCUUCCAUAACAAAAGCUCAAGUUUCCAUCAAGACAGCUGACAGAAACCUCAAGAAAGCAGAGGAGUCUGCUGUUCGCACUGAAAAGGAGAUUGUUGACAAUGACAAAUCGAUAGAAGAAUUGUCUGAAGAACUAAAGCAGCUGGAGGAAAAGGCAGCUGCAGUUAUGAAUGAAUGCAAAGAGGCAGAGGGUUCACUUCCUGAUAUUCAAGAAAAGCACAAAGGUUUGCUGCAGGAAAUUAAAUCAAUUCAGGAUAAAGAACAUGCCCUUCAGAAAGAUUCCCUUAAUAUUAGGCUUAAAAUUGAGCAAAUUGAUAGCAGUAUUGCCGAACACCAAUCUAAAAUAAAACACUGGCAAAAAGAGAUAUCCAAACUUGCCCUUCAUAAAAUAGAAGACAAUCCAGAAGAGGUCCUUUCCACACUGACCCAAGAAGAGUUAGAGGCAAUAAUCAACCCUAGACGGAUAGAAGAAAAAAUUGCCCUGCUGGAAGCUGAGAGUCGGAACAUGAAACCGAAUCUUGGUGCUAUUGCUGCAUACAAGCAGAAAGAAGAGCUGUACUUACAAAGAGUUGCAGAACUUGAUGAAAUCACGAAUGAAAGAGAUAGAUUCAGACGAGCAUAUGAAGAUCUUCGCAAGCAAAGACUUAAUGAGUUCAUGGCUGGCUUUAAUGUUAUAACAAACAAGUUGAAAGAAAACUACCAGAUGUUAACCCUAGGAGGAGAUGCAGAGCUUGAAUUGGUGGACAGCUUGGAUCCAUUUUCAGAAGGCAUUGCAUUCAGUGUGAGACCACCAAAGAAAAGUUGGAAGAAGAUAUUUAAUUUGUCAGGGGGAGAGAAGACAUUGAGUUCUUUAGCUCUGGUGUUUGCGCUUCACCAUUACAAGCCAACUCCUCUGUACUUCAUGGAUGAGAUUGAUGCGGCUCUAGACUUCAAAAAUGUUUCCAUUGUGGCGUUCUAUAUUUAUGAACAAACUAAAAAUGCCCAGUUCAUCAUUAUAUCAUUGCGGAACAACAUGUUUGAGAUUGCCGACAGACUGAUUGGUAUUUAUAAGACUCAUAACACAACAAAAAGUGUGGCUACAAAUCCCAAAGUCAUCGCAUUGAAAGGACUUGCUGAACUAAAAUCCCUUGGCUGUCGUUGCUGAAGUUCUAGUUGGCUGUCUUGCUUAUCCCCUGGAUUUUGUACUGCCAGCUAGUGACCCCAAAACAAGUGUGCAGCAA